ACAACUGCAGUCGCUUCUUUGCUACAUGCACCAUAUAGAACUGUUUCCUGUUCAACAAUUUCAUACACAGUAGUGCAACAUUACGUGGAUUAAAAAUGUUUCUUCUUCUGAGUUGCUGGAUUCUUGCAGGAGUUAUGGCAGAGGACCCAACAGUGACACAUUACCAACUGAAAAACAGCUCACUAUGUCUACAUGUUAGAAAACCACCGCCAUAUAAACAUGCUGCAUGGACUCUUGGUGGAAAAUUUAUUGCAGGUGAUGAAGUCAACCCCAACUACACAGAGAAGGUGGUUUACAAUCAUGCCAACCUUUCCUUGUGUCUAAAAGAGCUGACACACACAGACACUGGCAUCUACGAAGUCAGCUUCCGGGACCCUCUCUUUAAUAUUGUAUUUGAAAAACACAGAGUCAUUGUUCAAGAAGCUGUUCCUAGACCUGUCAUCUUAAUGUCAGUGCUCCGCUCCAACCUGUCCGCUGGAUUCUGCAGUAUCACAGUCAACUGCUCCAUCAAUGAUGACUGGUUGUGGUCUGUCUGUGAUGUGGACAGUUGCGCAACAUCUCAGAAGUCAUUCAGUAAAGUCAACAUCACCAUCUCCUCUGACAACAGAACUGUUGUCUGCAGCGGCAACAACCAUGUUAGCACAAAUAAUGUUUCUAAGAGCGUGGCAACAACGUGCUUCAGUAAAUCUAAUCCUGAACAGAAAGAGACCUCACAACCACUUCAUUUAAUAUUAAUACUUGUUGCAGUGUGUGUAUGUGUAUGUGUCUGUGCAUUGAUUGCUUUUAUGGCUAAGAGAUUUUCUUCAGAAUAUAAUCACUGUCAGGGACAGACAUCACCUGCUCAGUUAAUACAAAGUCAGCCAACUGAGGCACAGCCACAACCUGAGCCUAGAGUCUCUACCUCUUCCUCCAGUGAAGCUGAGGCCCCUUAUGAAAACGUGGAUGCCUCACAGCCCAGGCAGACCAGCAGUCCAAGAGAGGAAAUGGGGUCCAUGCCAAGUGAGAAAGUAGAUACUGUCUACAGUUUUUUACAGGCAAGGAAUGUGACUCCUUCUCUUGGCAAGAGUGACUGCAGUAAAGAUAUGAGUGGACACAAGAUGAUAGGAGAGGCAUCAACUUCACAGUCCGUCAUCGUGGAUGAGGCAGAGCACCCGACACAAAUUGACACAGUGUACAGUAUGUUGCAAAAGUCAAAAAAUCUGAAGUCAUAGCACCACCUGCAGGUCAAUCAAGAUUUUCAGAUGAACAUGACAAAUGAAAGAAGCCUGCUAUAAGGACAUUCAUUCAAUAUUUCUUUUUUUUUUUUCUGGAGGACAAAUCUUUAUAGGUUUUGUUAUUUGUCUAAAAAUUAAAUGUAUUUUCUUCAAUAAUACAAUUUAUUGGCCAAUUUUCUGUGCUGUGUGGAUUAAUCAAAUGAACAUGUGAAUGAACAAAACAUGUCAUUGUAACAACCUGCGUUGUCAGUAGCAGCACCAGUAAGCUACAGACUGUCAACUGAAGUAUGAGAGUUUAUUCUUUACCACAAAUAUUUGCAUGCAAUGCAAACCAAACAUAUAGCCUUAUGCAAAAAAACAGGAAGUGGAAAAGGUAGUAUUUCAUGUGAGUUUCAGAGAUUCUGAUAUGACACGGGCACAAAGCAGUGAACCAGAACUUAACUGGGUCAUUAGGAUCUAAAAUGGGUCACUUUUUCCUUAAAACCCUAUUAGGACUUAGUGAAAAUGUUGUUGGGUGUUUCUGUUAGUGUCUGUACAGACUAGAUAUGCAACUUUCAUUGCUGAUUCAGAUAAAAAGAAUAUUACACUGAUCACUAAAGGGCAUAGAUUUUAGCAUCUUUAUAUGAUUUGAAACGUUAAACAUACUAAAGGAUUCCUACAUUGUUCAUGGGCCAACACACACAGAAGGAUAUACAGUGUGUACAUGUAGAAAAGGAGCUAUAGUGUAAUGCACUCACUCUAACUCUUCUUUCCAUCUAUUUAAUCAACAAGUCAGUGUUGUACUAACUGUCCAAAUGUUUAAUUCUUUAUCAUUCCCUGCUUCCAUUCAGUCUCACUAUUUUAUGUUAUUGCUUUUCUAUGGAAGGGCUCUGAUCAAACUGCAGUAGUAGUUAGUUGGAUAUAUUGUUCAUGAUUCAUUUUUCUGCCUAAACCCCGUUCUACUGUGUCAUCCCUGUCUUCUGGAAAUGUUGCUGUAACUGUGCCCAAAGUACAAUUCCUGAUAUACAGUAUAUUUUUACACUUAUUUUAAUUAGUUUU